AUGGAAAUAAGGGUCAUUGUGGACGGGGUCGAACGGAGUGUUUCUGGAAUAACGGACAGCACAACAUGCGCCCAAAUUAUUUAUGCCCUUGCUCAUGCUACGGGACAAAAGGGUCGCUUCGUUUUAAUUGAAAAAUUUCGAGAUACGGAAAGAAGUCUGGCACCAUUGGAUCGACCACUUGAAAUGUUACGGAAAUGGGGUAUUCACUCACGUUACGUGAGGUUUCUGCUGAAACAUCUAGAUGAGGGUCCAUCAUCCGUUGUCAGUGAAACUUAUCUUGUUGAUACUGAUGACCGAUUGGAAUAUUCACACCUGGAAGAAUCACCUUUCACUUCAAUGGAUACUCCUGCAUCGCAUAGCACACAUACCUGCGGUAUUGAUUCUGAAGAAAAUCGAGGAGUGUUAUUAUGGAUUGCAGAACAGUUGUGUCGUCCAGUUCUCCAAAAAGGCAGCAGCUCUCAAAUAUUCACCAACGAACGAAUAAGGAAUCGACCACCUCCACCAGCCUACCAUGAAGUAAUUGAACAACGUUUCACUUCCUUAUCCAGACAGAACACGCUAUUUUCAUCAUUAAUACCAUUACAAUCAGCGGAUACUUCCAUCGAUGACCAGUGGCGCCUUACCGAUUGUGUAACAUCCCAGCCAAUCAAUCUUGAUAGCAGUGAUGCUUUGACAAGAAAAUUGAGCGCUAAUGCUUUAGAGGGAAUAAUUCAAAACCAGAAACAAGUUAUCGAGCAACAGAAAGCUUAUUUAGCUAGAUUGGAUCUUGCCAUCGACAAUGACCAACAACGCGAAGUUAUCCAGUUGAGAAGACAACAGGAAAACUUAAGAGCCGUACUGAAUCCGUUACGGGAAUGUGAUUGGCCAAAUCGCUUACAGCAUGAACAUAAUGAAUUGCAAAAAAUUACUGCAUCCAUUAGCGAAUUUAAGCAGAAAUUGGAUGCCAUCACAAAUGAAGUUAAGUUGCGAACCGAUGAAGAGCAUAAAUUAAAAUGCAGUAUACUGGCGAUGGAGGAGGAACUCAAACAGCUGGAGGAUGAUGUUGAUAUUGCGAUACUGUCCGAGAACAACUACUAA